CACACAGCCCUUUGUUGCAUCUGCCGAGGUCAAUAAUUAUAUAGACAUCAAUUAUUUGACUCACAUACCAACUGUACAUGAAAACCACAGAGUGUCUGUUUGUGUGUUAGGUCCCAGAGAUGCUAGAGGUGUUACAUGUACGUCUGCAGAACAUCACAGAGGAGCAGGUGAGAGUGGCAGUGGGACAGACGGUACUAAUCCUGGCUUCUCAGCAUCUGCAGACUGUUAUCAGUACACUAGUAAACCAACCAAUUCCCUUUGACAGCUGGACCAGUGAGAUGUGGAUGGCCCUGGGGGCAGACCCCAUUGUAGCCAGUCAGAUCAUUGAGAUGGUGAUGGAGAAGCUUCUCAUCAUGGCGCCCUAUGUUGACCAGAGGGAGUCAGUGAUCAGAGGAGGGACAACAAAGGUGGCCACCAAUCAGCCACUGGCUAUGACAUGUGGUCUUAAAGAACUGCUGUUAAAUGGACAGAGUCAGGAGCCAGCAGUCAGUCAGUUUCCUCAGCUCUUCUCAUGUCUGACUGUGAGACUCGGAUCAAGCGUCGGGGUCUCAGCACCGAGGGACAACAACACCAAACACACUGCCUCCGUCCAUGUGGCAGGGGUUGCAGCUGAUGCCCUGCGCAUCUUGUUAGCACGGGCCCAGUUAGAUGAAGUGAUGAAGAGACUGGAUGAAGAUAAUGCCUGGGAUGCAGUGAAGGAACAGAAUACACACAUUACAGGAGUUACACAACUAGCAAGGGCGAUGGCUAAGCACGCUGGUCCCAGGUUGCCCGCCAUUGUGGAGUGUCUGUGUCCCUCUUUGAACAACAUCUACGAAUGCCAGAGAAUCACCGUCACUGCUUUCUUCUCUGAG